GGAGAUAACGGCUCAGUUGCCUGAGAAACGAUGAUGUCAUUAUUGAGUAGUUGGUUGCCGAUUGGUCCGCCCCAAGGAUAAACUUGAAAGCCCAGUUUAACACAGGAAACUGAACCAAAGGAUUUUAAUGAUUGUGAAGUUUUGGAGCGGAGGUAUGCGGCUGGUCUGUGAGCUUGCGCUUCGCCCCCUGGCUUUAGUUUUCUGGAGCAUUCUUGGGGCUAGAGCAUUGGACAAUGGCUUGGCGCUCACUCCUACUAUGGGCUGGCUGCACUGGGAACGUUUCAUGUGCAACCUUGACUGCCAAGAAGAGCCUGAUGCCUGCAUAAGUGAGCAAUUGUUCAUGCAGAUGGCAGAGCUAAUGGCCUCUGAUGGCUGGAGAGAUGCUGGUUAUGAAUACCUCUGCAUAGAUGACUGCUGGAUGGCUCCUGAAAGGGAUUCAAAGGGCCAGCUUCAGGCAGAUCCCCAGCGCUUUCCUAGUGGGAUUAAACACCUAGCUAACUUUGUGCACAGCAAAGGAUUGAAGUUAGGGAUUUAUGCAGAUGUUGGGAAUAAAACCUGUGCAGGCUUCCCCGGGAGUUUUGGAUACUAUGACAUUGAUGCCCAGACAUUUGCUGACUGGGGUAUAGAUCUGCUAAAAUUUGAUGGUUGUUACUGUACCAAUGUGGUAUCCUUGGCGGAUGGUUAUAAGCACAUGUCCUUGGCCUUGAACAGGACUGGCAGAAGCAUUGUUUACUCCUGUGAGUGGCCUCUUUAUUUGAGACCCUUUCAUAAGCCCAAUUACACAGAUAUUCAGCAUUACUGCAAUCAUUGGAGAAAUUUUAAUGAUGUUUAUGAUUCCUGGGAAAGCAUAAAGAGUAUCUUGGCCUGGACAGUAAUUAACCAGAAGGAGAUUGUUGAAGUCGCUGGACCAGGGGGCUGGAAUGACCCAGACAUGUUAGUGAUUGGCAACUUUGGCCUCAGUUGGGACCAGCAAGUAACGCAGAUGGCCCUCUGGGCUAUCAUGGCAGCUCCUCUACUCAUGUCCAACGAUCUCCGACAAAUCAGUUCUCAAGCCAAAGCUCUACUUCAGAAUAAGGAUGUAAUUGCCGUCAACCAAGACCCCUUGGGCAAGCAGGGGUACUGUUUUAGAAAGGAAAACCACUUUGAGGUUUGGGAACGGCCACUCUCAAACUUAGCCUGGGCUGUGGCUAUUCGAAACUUGCAGGAGAUUGGUGGGCCUCUUUCUUACACCAUGCAGAUUUCUUCCUUGGGUCGAGGACUAGCCUGCAAUCCUGGCUGCACCAUCACUCAGCUUCUCCCGGAGAAAGCACAUCUAGGCUUCUAUCAAUGGACUUUAACCUUAAAAACUCGAAUAAAUCCCUCAGGCACUGUUUUGCUUAGGUUAGAAAGAUAAACUAUCUUUAAAGGCAGAGAUCUACAUAAGUGCUGGGCUUUGCUAAAGACCAAACUUAUUUCCUGCCCUUCCCUGUAUUUCCCCUUUAAAACAAGGUAGGCUUUUGAAAUUAAGUGGAUACUCCUGUGCCAGGCACAAUGAUAACAGAUGCUUCCUGUAUACUGGUUGAUUUUAACUGUCACAACCCUGGAGCAGGUGUUUAUCCACUAUAAUCUGUACAGCUAAGUCAAAAACAACAAAAAAGACCCUUUAAAUUGUAUGUGGUUCAAGUGUUUUGCCUGUAUGAGUUCCACAUGCACACCUGGCGCUCAGGACGUCAGGAGGGCAUAGGAUCCUCUGGAGCUGAACUCCAGCCCUCUGUAAAGAACAAGUGCCAGGAGUUAAAGCUAAGCCAACUGGACACAAAUCACUAUAUGGGGGCACUUAGCAUGGACUAUGAAUAUUCUGAAUGUGCACAAAAGUAUCUACCUGAAAUAUUGAAGUUGAAGGCGUCAACUAAAACCCAGACAUGGGUGAGAUAAUUAAGCAUUUAAAGAGCAGUGUGCAGAACAACUACUAACUAGUCCCAGGGGAUCUCACCUCCCUCCUCAGUUUUACUGCUGAUAGGAAAGGCCAGUACAGUGGCAUUUUGAAAUGCCUGUAACUCCAGCACUCAGGAGGAUGAGGCUAGUCUACAGAAAAAUCCAGGGGGUGGAAUUGUCAAAGUCAAAAUGCUUAAAGGGGCAUAAAUCUAAACAAGGAAUGUAUAUGUAAUGAAUGUACAUCACUAUGCUCCCAGAUCUCUUGAAGCGUGCAUUUUAAAGCUACAGUCACCCAUCAUUCCAGUUGUUACUGGCCUAUACCUGGAAAUCCAAGUCUCUGGGGUGGGGUAGGUGUGGGAUAAUAAACAGUUGGAAGGUGGACAAAGUCUGGACUGUAAAAAGAUUAAAGAAUAAAAGAUUUCCAAAGUCAA